GAAAGAAGAAAGAACCUAAGUGAGAAACAAAGAAAGGAAAUAAUUGAUCUUUGAAAAUGCAGGGAGGAAAGAAAGCUGGAGAGUCCAUCAAGGAAACAGCUGCAAACAUUGGUGCUUCUGCCAAGGCUGGCAUGGAGAAAACCAAGGCCACUGUCCAGGAGAAGGCAGAAAGAAUGACGGCACGUGAUCCGAUGCAAAAGGAGUUGGCAACCCAGAAGAAAGAGGCAAAGAUGAGCCAGGCAGAGCUGGACAAGCAGGCGGCGCGUCAGCAUAACACGGCGGCGAAGCAGGCUGCCACGGCAGGGCACAUGGGACAACCCAUGGGGACCCAUCAGACGUCAGCUAUGCCCGGUCAUGGAACCGGACAGCCCACGGGCCAUGUCACCGAGGGAGUGGUGGGCUCACACCCUAUUGGAACCAACAGAGGCCCGGGUGGGACUGCUACGGCCCAUAAUACCCGUGCGGGGGGAAACCCAAAUGAUUAUGGGUAUGGAACUGGGGGUACUUACAAUUAAAUAAUGAUGAUUUAGAAAAGGAAAGCUACGACCCAUAAGAAGGUUUAGUUAAGAGUAUGACUUUUGUUGUGGUUAUCUUCUUGUUUGGUUAUCUUUUUGUUUGUGUCUCCUUUUCUCUCCAUUUUUGUUGUGGAGAAUUGGGUGUGGUUACACGACAGUGUUUUCACUUCUACUAGGUGCAAGCAUUCUGUGUCGUGAUGUUGUAUUCCUUCGUUUCAAUGAAUAAAUAAAAUCGUGGUUGUGUAAAAAUAAAUGACAGUUUGACUUU